AGUCCGGUUAUUCAGUUUAUUGCCUUUCGAAAGCCACGCGAUCACAUCUUUUUCUUCUUAUUCUUUUCUUCAUUUGCCCGUAAAUUUAUUCUUCUUCUUAUUCGAUUCUUUUCUUUGCCCCUUUUUAAGAUUAUCAUCUUUUUUCUCUUCUUUAUCUUCUCUUUCUUCUCAUCUAUCUAAUUUUUUUCUCUUCUUACCCUUUUCAUCUUUUAUUUUUGUUCUUCAUCAUCUUUUAUCAAAUCACUUAAAUCACCAUCAUCAUCACAUUUCUUAAUCUUAAUCAACUGUCUUUUCCUUGUUUGUUUUAGACAAAAAUUUAAAAUCAAACCAACAAUUUAAAUCACCAAUCCAAAUCUUCACAACACAAACACACAUAACAAAACGAUAAGUUGAACACCAAGACACAAACAACAAACAACAACAAUUAACUGAUUCAUAUUCAAUUCUGUCUACUCUCUCUCUCAUUUACUCUGAAAAUCCUCUGUCUGUCUCUCUUUCUGUGCCUGUGCUGGUUAUCAUCAUUAUCAUCAAUAAAUUAAUAACAACCUCAACCUUUUUUGAUAUAAAUAUAAAUUCAACUUUCAUCAAUAUUUUUGAGUCUCAUCUAUGUGAGUGUCACCAAAUCAAAUUUGAAAGUUAAUCCAAUUAUCUGAAAUUCAUCAGCAAAAGGUGCCAACAAAUAUAAUAAUAAUAAUAAUAUUAAGUGAACAUCAUCAAAAAUUUUUGCUAAAUAAUUUUUGUGCUCAUCAAAUUUGAUCACCAAUCGGCAAAUUUAAUUGUUGUUGUUUCGUUUUCUUUUCUUCUUUUGCUAUUUAUCUAAUCGAUAAAUUUACCUGUUAUAUUAUAUUAUUAUUAUUAUUAUAUAUCGAUAAAAUAUCAAAUUGAGAAGCAAAAAUUGCCGAAGUCCUGGAAAUUGUUAUUAGGAACGGGAUUGAUUCACGUUCCAGUGAACCUGAUACCCUGUCAGCCCAUUUAACCUCCUCAUCGCCAAUCGAAAGGGAUAAUAAUAAUAAUAAAAUUUUACUCGACUCGCAACAAAUUAAACAAGAUCACGACCUGGAAGACGAAUCAUCAGAAUCUUUUAAUCUCUCCGAGGAUACAAUUAUGAACGGAAUGGAUUCCUCAUCAGUAUCAUCAUUACCACAGCAAAAUGGUAACUCCAUGCACAAUGCAUCAGCCUCAUCAACAGGUUCUCAGGAUGAUUCAGAAGAUUCGAAAACCAAUUUAAUUGUCAAUUAUCUACCUCAGACCAUGACACAGGAGGAUAUUCGUGGUCUAUUUGCUUCCAUUGGUGAGGUUGAAUCAUGUAAACUGAUUCGGGAUAAGGUCACUGGUCAAUCUUUGGGUUACGGCUUUGUGAACUAUGUUAGAUCAGAUGACGCUGAGAAAGCAAUUAACACUCUUAACGGACUAAAGCUUCAAAAUAAGACAAUUAAGGUUUCUUUUGCCAGACCGAGCAGCGAAGCCAUAAAAGGAGCCAAUCUUUACGUUAGUGGUUUACCUAAGGCCAUGACACAACAAGAAUUAGAACAACUAUUUGCACCUUAUGGACGUAUAAUAACAUCACGAAUACUUUGUGACAAUAUUACAGGUGUCGGGUUUGUCCGAUUUGACCAAAGGAUAGAGGCCGAAAGGGCCAUUAAACAUUUACAUAAUACGAUCCCGGAAGGAAGUAGUGACCCGAUAACAGUUAAAUUUGCCAAUAACCCAAGCAAUAAUGCCAAAGCCCUCGCUCCUCUGGCCGCAUAUCUUUCACCUCAGCGUCGAUUUGCUGGACCAAUUCAUCAUCCAGCAAACCGAUUCAGGUACAUUCCCCUGUCACCGAUAACCAGAUAUUCACCGUUAGCUGGAGAUCUACUUGCAAAUCCACUUCUAGCAACAAACGCUGUUAAUGGUACUGGUUGGUGUUUAUUUGUGUAUAAUCUUGCCCCCGAUACCGAGGAGAACCUUUUAUGGCAACUAUUUGGUCCUUUCGGUGCUGUCCAAAGUGUUAAAGUAAUUCGUGAUCUUCAAACAAACAAAUGUAAAGGCUUCGGUUUUGUUACCAUGACAAAUUACGAUGAAGCUCUGGUUGCCAUUCAGAGUCUCAAUGGUUACACUUUGGGCAAUCGAGUUCUUCAAGUCUCUUUUAAAACGAGCAAAAACAAAUGUUAAGUCUACGUAUAAAUUAGGAGAUUCGUGAUGGUUAACAAAUAACAAGUAAGAUAAAGGAAAAGGAAAUGAUUCAAACAAAAAAUAGAAAAGAGAAGAAAAAAGAAACUCAAUUUUUUAUAUAAUAACAAUAAUAGGAAACGAAAAUUAAUAUAACAACAUCAAGAAAAAGUGAUGGAGAUUCAGAGGAAGAUGAUGAAAUGUUGAGAUGGAAACUGAAUCGCCAGAAGAUCUCAGGGUAAAGAUGAUGAUGAUGAUGAUAAUGAUGAUGAUAGAAUCAACAUUUGAGAGAGAAAAUUUGAAAAAGAAAACGUAAAUCAAGUUCUAAGCCUUCUCGUCAUUUGCAUAAUCAUUUAAAUACAACGAAUUCUAUUCAGUAAAUUAGUUACACUUGAAACAAUUUCCAAAUUUGAUCAUCAUCAUCUUCCGGUUGAUAUUUGAUCAUCAAUGGGAAUUUAAUUUCAAUUGAAAAUCAUCAGAAUUCAUAUUGACCAGAGUGACCAUUUGAGUGAAAUUUUUAAAUUUCCUGUUUGCUUUUUCAAGUGUAACUAAAUCAAGUGAUUUAAUUUGGCAAUUUAAUUGCUAAUGUUAAUGGCGAACUUGUUGAUUGUUUUAAACAAUUUACUUGAUUUACGUUUUGUUUUUUAUUUAAUUGUUGCUACGCUCUCAUCUUUUAUAUUGAUGAUUAACUAACUGAUAUGAGUCUUGGAUCAAUUGUUACAAUUAAGAUCAAAUCUAGUCAAUCAAAUGUCCUUAAUUAACUUGCAAUCAUUUAGGUUAAUUGAACCAAUUUACAUCUCUGAUUAAUGGUGAAAUUAAAUCAAAUGUUAAAUCUUGGGUUUGUUUUCAUUAUCUCAUUUGAAUCAAGAAGCUUGUUUUUUAAUCAACAACAAAUCAGAUUAAUCAGUAAAUUCACUUACUAUGAGAGGGUUGAUACAAUUUAGCUAAUUAGUUAUUAGCAAAUUUGUUCAAUCAACAAAACGUAUUCAUCAUUUGAUUCAAUGUUUUCAGCUGAUUACUAAGAUUAAAAUCAGAGGGAAAGAUGAACAGUUAACCCAACUAAUUAAGGAUAAUUGUUAAAUUGUAGCAAUAAGAUAAUUGAGAGAAAGGUGCUAAUCAACUGAUUUAAAUCAUGAUAAUGAAAUGCUACAAAUUGAAAUUAGAUUUUGAUAAUAAGUCAAAAAGUUAUUCUCAAUGAUCAAUAUUUGUCAUUAUGAUUUAAUUCAGUUUAGUUUCAAUUGAAUUCAUGAUAAAUGUCAAUUAUGGUGAUUUUCUUACAUCAUCAUCAUCAUCAUUAUCAUCAUCAUCUUCCUACUCUUACUGUUAUUUUCUGUUUUCAUCUUCAUCAUCAUCUUCAAAUCUCCUUAGUUACAAAUCAAUUACAAUCUAAAAAUUGCUCUUGAUUCAUGAAGAUAUUGUUACAACAACAACAACAAUCACAAUGGAAAUGAGCAAUUUAUUGAUUAACCAUUAAUUUAUUAUAAUCAAUUGCUGAUGAAACCUUAUUUUUUAUUAAACAACAAUGAUAACAAAAGAUGAUCAUCUAACAAUUGACAGAAUUGGACAGAAGAAGAAACAAAAAAAAACUCAGAAAGUUCUGAGAAUACACAGAAAAUUCAAUUGAAUCGUUUUCAUGUUUCUUUUGUUUUUUGUUAUUCUUAACAUUCCGUUUCCAAUCAUCCUCAUCUUCUUCAUCCUUCUCUCUCUCUCGUUCUCUCUCGUUCUCUCUCUCUCUCUCUCCUGACUCUUAAAUAAUCUUUUCCAUUUUAUCGAUUAAUCGAUUUCGAUUGAUUUUGAGUGCAUCUCUCUCUCUUUUUAUCUUCUACACAAACUCAACGAAAAAACGGAAAAAUUUCCAUUCUCCUUUUACUUUUCAUCAUUUUCAUUAUUCUUCUCCUUCUCAUCCUCAUCCUUUUUUUUCUCUUCAUCUUCUACCCUCCUCAUGCUCAUCUAUUUAUUUUCUGUUUCGAAUAUCAGAUAAUAUUAUAUAAGAUUUUGUGUCUCUCUUUCUUUUUUCUUGUCGACAAAAAAAAAUAGAAAAAAAACCAAAAAUUCUUUUCUUACUUUUCUCUUUAACAUUCGAAGAUGAAGAAGAAAAAUAUCGAACAUAAAGUUUCAUUAUUUUCUCCUUUAAUUUAAUUCUAGUCCUUUACGUUUUUCAUUCCGUUCGAAUCAUCGACAUCAUGAUUACCAUGAACAUUAUUAUGAUUACAUUUUAUUAUCAUUAUUAUCUGAUCACUUUCACCCUGAAAAAACAAAACCUUUCAAUAACCAUCAUGAUAAAAUGUUUGCUUUUCAAUCAAUUCAAAUUUCCCACCUAAUGUUAUGAUUAUAUUAUUAUUGAUAUUUGAGUGGCUAUUUCAACAAAACUAAUUAUUAUUAUUAUAUAAUUAACAAUGUAAACCCUUAAUUAUUUGUUUUUUUCAUCAUUUAAUCAUAACCAUUAUCAAUUUGUCUUUAAUUUGUCUUUAAACUUUAAUUAUGAUCACUUAUUUACUAAUUAUAUUUACAAAUGAAUGGAAACUUUCAACUAUUAUUAUUAUUAUUAUAUUCAAAACUUUUCAAUGUGAAAACAAAUCGAUUAUUAUUAUUAUGAUGAGUUGAUUAAUUAUCUUAAUUGUUGGGGGCCAAGAUGAAGAUUUUUGUAUCUUUUAUCAUUCUAUAAGAAGAAUCUUCCCUUUUUCUUAUUGCCCUUUCUUUUCUUCUCUUUCUUUUUCUCUGUCUUUUUUUUUCUUUCAUAUUUUCUUCCUCAUGAAAUAUUGGCUCAAUUGAAUUACCGAACGUGUUACCGGUUGAUUAACACCAAGCAACAAUUAAAUGUUCACCAAAAAUUGUUUUAUAAAAUUAAUGCAAUUAAUCAGCAAAUCAAUUGAUAGGAAAUUCAACUGAUAAUAUAUAAAACUAUAUUUUCAUCAGAUAUCAUAUUGAUAUGUAAUACAUGUUACAUGGUUUCUUUUUUGUUCUCAUGAAAACUUCCCACCCUCAGAAUUAACUCAUUAAUUGACAACAGAAUGAUAAUCAAAAUGGAAUAAUAAUAAAAUUCUGAUCAUCAUUUAGAUUGUAAUUACACUAUUAUACAACCGAAACCAUGGAGAAAAUAUCAGAGAUGAAGAUAAAGAUGAAGAUAAUGAUGAUAACCAAGGAAGAUGAACGAAAAUAAUAAUAAUAAUAAGUAAAAAUAGUGAAUAUUUCACUUUUUCUCCAUCAUCAUCUUCAUCUUCAUCUUCUAAUAAUUCAAAGUUUUUCUCCAUCAAUACGAAAAAAAAUGAUAUUAAGAUGUUUUUCUCUCUUCAUUCAAUUAUAAAUCAUCAUCAUCGAAAACAACAUCGCCUAUUGAUCAUCUAUUGAAUUUCAUCACAACAUCAUUGUCAUCUAAUGGUUAAUACAAUUAGGCUUCAUCUUAAUUCCCAUUGACAAACAAACAACAAACAACAACAACAAAAGAGUAAAAAUAUCUCAUAAAAAAACAUCAACAUCUCAUCACGAUUAUGAUUAUACUUUACAACGUAAUUUAAUUAUAUUCUUGAUUAUUUUGCUUCUUCCAUACAACAAUUUUGCUUCAUUCUACUUUUUAACUUAACCCAAAACUAAAUUAACCCAAAAAAAACCACAAAAAACAAAACAAUUUGUUAACAGCACUUACAAUUUACUUAUAUCAUUAUCUUCAAUCUCUAAUUAUUAUGAUUAUUAUUGUCUUAUUAUUAUGAUUAUUAUUAUUAUCAUUAUCAUUCUUAACCUAAUUAUGAUUAUUUGAGCAACAAAAUUAAUAUUUUACAAUAAUUACAAUUUUUUCUUGUGUGUGACAUUUUUGGCUUAAAACUUGAUUUAUAUUAUUUACUCCUUUUGCCACCCACUCUACAAUCAACAUCAACAACACCGAUAAACAAACAACAACAACAACAACAACAUCAACAUCAACUGUCAACAACUAUCAACAAACAACAAUGCGAAAUGCGAGAUCAUCAGAUGAUGAUGAUGAUGAAAAAAGACCAAUCAAUUGAUUCUUAUGAUGUUAUAUUCACAAUUAACUGGAUUCUUUUUCAACUCAAUUCUAACUUAAUUUCCUAUCUAAUUACUCAAGUCAAUAGGAAUUGUCAUCAUCAAUUUUUGGAUUGAUUUUCAAUUGGAAACUUUUUCGUUUCUACUAAUACUUAAUAAUAUUAUCAAUCAAGCGAAUGUUAAAAUCAACAAUCAAAUGACAUGGAAAUUGUUUUUUUUUCUAAUUCAUGAUCAUCACUGAUUUACAUGAAUAUCAAUUGACAUGGAAGGAAAAAAAUAUCAGAAAGAGGAAUAAGGAAGAAAAAUUAAAAAGAAAAGAGUAAAUCGAUUGACACAUUAUGCGAAAAAUGUUGACAAACAAAUGGGAAAUAAUUGUCACCAUCAUCUGAAUAUAUUUCCAAUUGGAAUGGACUGAGAAAAUUUGUCGAAUACGUAAACAAAAAAGUUCUAAAUUUGGACAAAAAUAAAAAUUUAAACUAAAAAAUUGUAAUAAUACUUAUGAUACCUAAAGAAACAAUUGUGUUCCUUUGAUGUGUCGUUUUCACACAUUGAGGUGUUUUUUUUGCUGAUCCUUUCUACCCGAACCAUUGGUACUAAGGUCAUUAAAUACUUCACGAACUAUUGUAAAUAGAUUUACAAAUAUAAACGGGGGGUUGGUAACAAGUAAAGGCCGAUGAUUUAAAUUAAUAAA